UGUUCGGUGGUGGUGGCGGCAAGAUGGCGGCGCCCGGGGGCUCCGCCGCCUCUUCGGCGCUGAAGGGGUUAAUCCAGCAAUUCAUCGCCAUCACGGGUGCCAGUGAAAGUGUAGGCAAACAUAUGCUUGAAGCUUGCAACAGUAAUCUAGAAAUGGCUGUCACUAUGUUCCUUGAUGGCGGAGGGAUAGCCGACGAACCCAGCACUAGUUCAGCAAGUGUAUCAAACCUCCGGCCACACACAGAAGAUGAAGUGAGAGCCCCCAUUCCUCAAAAGCAGGAAAUACUGGUAGAACCUGAACCUUUAUUUGGUGCUCCAAAAAGGCGCAGACCUGCUCGUUCAAUAUUUGAUGGUUUUCGAGAUUUCCAGACAGAAACCAUUCGGCAGGAGCAGGAGUUGAGGAAUGGAGGAGCAAUAGACAAGAAACUCACAACCCUCGCAGACCUCUUCAGGCCUCCCAUCGAUCUGAUGCAUAAAGGAAGCUUUGAAACAGCCAAGGAGUGUGGUCAGAUGCAGAACAAGUGGCUCAUGAUUAACAUACAGAAUGUUCAGGAUUUUGCCUGUCAGUGUCUCAAUCGUGAUGUUUGGAGCAACGAGGCUGUGAAAAACAUUAUCCGGGAACACUUCAUUUUUUGGCAGGUAUAUCAUGACAGUGAAGAAGGACAAAGAUAUAUACAGUUCUACAAACUGGCAGACUUCCCUUAUGUCUCUAUCCUGGAUCCUAGGACAGGGCAGAAGCUAGUGGAGUGGCGCCAGUUAGAUGUAACUUCUUUUUUGGACCAGGUGACUGGGUUCCUUGGGGAGCACGGACAACUGGACGGGCAUUCCACCAGCCCUCCCCAGAAGCGCACUCGUUCUGAGAGCCUCAUUGAUGCAAGUGAAGACAGCCAGCUGGAAGCCGCCAUCAGAGCCUCUCUACAGGAGACACAUUUUGAAUCCACCCAAGUCAAGCAGGACAGCAGAUCCGAUGAGGAGUCUGAGUCUGAGCUUUUCUCCGGAAGUGAGGAGUUUAUUUCCGUUUGUGGCUCUGAUGAUGAUGAACCAGACAACAUUGCCAAGUCUAGGAAGUCUCCACACAAGGACUUGGGGUGUAGGAAAGAGGAGAUCAGAAGACCUCAGCCUGAGCCUACAGCAAGGACUGAACCCGAGAUGGUAACAAACCAUCGAGGACUGUCUUACGUAGAUUCAGCGGUGCUAGAGGAAUCUGCAGUUAAGCCAGAAGCUACAAUGAAGGAGCUGAGCAUGAACGGACCAAAGGCACAACUAAUGCUAAGGUAUCCAGAUGGGAAGAGGGAACAGAUUUCACUGCCUGAACAAGCUAAGCUUCUGGCUCUCAUCAAACAUGUACAGUCAAAAGGAUACCCCAAUGAACGUUUUGAACUCCUCACCAACUUUCCACGGAGAAAACUUUCCCAUCUGGACUAUGACAUUACAUUACAAGAGGCUGGUCUUUGUCCUCAAGAGACUGUCUUUGUGCAGGAAAGGAAUUAGCUCUUCUAGCCUUCCGUCAUGUCAUCUUGCCUACAGUACUAUUCCCCAAGUACGCAGUUGACUUCCCAAGACUGUGGAGCUGAAACGAGGCAGUCAUAUCGCAACUUUUCUCCCUCCCUCCUUUAUGCUACUCUUGACUAGUCAGUCAUAUGAAAGCAGCAGGAUAGGUUUACUUGGCUUUGGUGCUGGGGGAAGGUAUGUCUGCUUCAGUGGCUUGUUGCCAUUCCAGAAUAGGGAGGGCUGUCCGUGCGUCCCGCAUGCUGGGGACACUGAGCAGCCAGAGCAAGAAAUGUUUCACUCUCCCCUUGGGAAAACAAAUUAUUUUCUUUAAUAUAUUUUAUUUUUCAAGAGGUCAAGUGACUGGCCAUUAAGGGCUUCUUUACACCACCAUCUAAGCAUUGUGGUUGGCUGCCCAAAAGCAGUGCAGUAUGUGGUUUUCAGCAUGGCAAGCAUGGCCUUUUUCCUGGGAUGCCAAUCUGUGCUGAAAGCUGAGUCCUGCAAGUACUUAGUGGGUGCAUUCCGUCUGUUUUCCAUGUGCUGGAAGCCACUAUACACAUAGGCUUUUCAAGGUGCAAGCAUGUGUCCAGAUGGUUGUUAAAGAGGCCCCAAGUCUUGCCCACAUGUGAAGAAAAUGUACAGAGUUGCAGCUCUUGUAGCACUUUGAGAGUCAUAGCAAGCUCAGUUCCAGGAAAGACAUAGACUCAGCAACAUUUGAACAGCUGUAUGGAUUGAUCUGUAUGUAUUCACCUCUUUUUGUUAUGGGUGAUGUUAUUUGCUUUAAAGGAAGGUUAAUGUAGUCAGUAGAUCUAGCACAACCUAACCCUUGUCAUCUAAUCCUUCCUGCUUAUCUAGAGCCAUUAAAAUUGUGGGAAUUAGGGAUGGCUUCUCAUCUUCUACCUAGAAUUUACCAUCAAUGGAAUAUGGCAAGAUACGGACUCUGAAUGUAAAACAUUAAACCUGUUCUGUCAUAAUUUAAUGCUGUUUUGAUUUACACUGCUGAACUGAAAUUUGGUCAACAGUGAGUCUUUGUGUACUUGUACAGGUGGCCAGGUUCUUAAAGAAAGCAAUGUAUUCUGUUUUGUUCCGUUAACUUUAAAAUACUCUCAUUAACACACUAACAUCAUAAGAGUAAGAAGGUUUUGGACUGUUCCCACCUGUGAUUCUGAACUCCAGCUGUCCAAGCAGCUAUUUGACACACUCUUUUUCUAAUUGGCCAAGAACACAUCAGUCAUCAUGAUGUGGGUCACUUGGAUUUGGCAGUGCUUAGCCCCAAACAGUGCAAGUAGGAUAAGUUCAUAUUCUCACCACACACUUUUUCCCCCAUCUGUCUGAGCCGUGCUUGUAUUUCAUUGUAGAAUGGAAACAUUUAGCCCCUUCUUUCUCUUCCUUAAUGUAAGGUGACUUUUACACCUGAGAGGUUACUCUGUGUGGCCUGCAGUUCUGGUGAUGAAUGUGCUUAAAAAAAUUUUUUUUAAAGCCAGAGCUGAGUUUAUAUUAAACUACACAACUGGCAACAUGUGGAUCAGCUUGUUGAUGGAGACACAUGAAAAUGUUGAGUAAGGAAUCCAGCUUUUGUCAUCUGCCUCAAGACCCAGAAGCUUCAGUUCCUGAAAGCUGAUGCUAGAAAAUGUUUUUAAUUGCAUGGUUAAGGAAACUAAAUGAUAAAGGUCAAUAUCUUGAUUAAAACCAAACUAGACUCUUACAGUCAAGGAACUAACUUUUUAGUAAUCUGUGUAUUCAUUCACGUUUCUUCCCCUUGCUUCAGUUGCUGCCACCUCUGUCCUUUUCCUCAAGCUGCCUU